CUCAAGUAAAAGAUAGAUCAAGUACGUGUACAAACACCAGCACACAUGCAGACGCGCACGGCAAACAACCUAACAAAGCUGUAUAGUGUCUUAAGUCUGUUUCAGAUCCUGACAUUGAUGACUGCCCUCCAAAACCUACAGCCUCCCCUACAAGAUCUGCCUGGCGAAGGUUCCAUGUCAGCGGCCGCUGCCUCAGGGUCUGCUGGAUCACUGGUAGCAUCUCAUACCCGCAACAGAUUGAAACAAGAAGCCCAAGAGAAGUAUAAAUGGCCAGCUGCAAACGUCCAUGUCAGAGCAGCCAACCCGAUAGUGGAAGAGAACAGAGACUUUAAUGCUUUUGCUGCAGUGCUGGCGACUGCCUGGAGAGAGGCAUUUCCAGUGCGAAUAGACAUGACCAAAAUAGCAAUGUCUAAACUACGGGAAGGUGAGACAGUGUCCCAGUACCUUACACACCUCAGUGAAGUCCAUAAUGUCCAUAGUGGACUGAGAUCACCUGAAGACAUAACGGCAGCAGAAAUCAUGCCGUAUGAAGCACACCUGAGGAACAGCUUCAUCAAUGGAAUGAAAGAUGAAAUAGCGAAAAAGAAUCAAGUGAAAACAGCACUACCCCAACCAGCAGGAGGGAAGCUGCACGAUCUAGAACCUGGAAACUAGAUAGUGGUGAAAGACUUUAGGAGGAAAAACUGGAAAGCGAAGAGGUGGCUGGGACCAUUUAAAAUGCUCCUUACAAAACAGACAGCUGUUAAGAUCGCUGAUUUUUAGCUAUCUGGCUCUGUAAAAGUUUUUUUUAAUCUGGCUCUAUUUUUUGUUGUCCUGGUUGUCAUAAAAUGACAAAAAGGGGGAAAAUGUAAUGGAAAAUUAACAAAAUUAACAUUUACUCUGAAAUCUGAAAGACAAUGCUUUCUUAAAUUUAAAACUUUCUGACACUUUGCAACUUUGCUGAAGUCUGCCGUCGAGGGACAGCUUGUCUCUGCAGAACUUUGUUAACAUUCAACAAGAGAAAAAUAUAAGAACAAUACGUCCACAACAAGGGAAUGAAAAGAAUAACAACUCAAAUCUUCACAGUCUUUGUCCUUGAGAGCGUGAUAAGAAACUGUA